AUGGACAGAAAGAUUUAUUUAGAGUAUGAAGGAACAUCAUUUUCUGAGUGGCAUGUCUCAGGACAUUGUUCUGUGAAAGAUAAAAGAUCAGCCAAGACAGAAUUACAUUGUUCUUCUCCUGGUUUUCAUCUUAUAAAACCAAUUGUUAAAGGCUCAGUAAAAGAGCAACGCUAUCUGUUUGUGGACAAUUCUCAUAUUUGCUUUCUGUGGUAUUAUAGAGUUAUGGAUAAUUCCAGUUCAGUUAAAUUGCUUAUAUCUGAUGAGAAAAGGAGGGAACAUAUCAGCUCUAUCUAUAUAAAAGGAGAAUUUUUCUUAAAGUCUCCGAAAUCACUUAUUUUCUACCUUGAAAGAGAUUCCAAAAUCCUUACCAAGCAGUUGGCCACUUUGGGACAGAAGCCUACCAUACAUACAGCUUCUGAGAGAGAAAUUUAUUAUCCAGCGGAGCCAUUGGAGAAUGGGGUCUGGAAAAUAUCAGUACCAAUGGAAGAUGAUGAUGAUGUGCUGAGAGAUAUUCAAGGAAACAAUGUGCCUUUUCAAGAUUGCUUUAUUCCAAAUCUUCUUUUUCUGCUAACUUUUCCUUCAGAAACUAUACCUGAGAUUCCUGGCUAUUUACCACUUUCUUCACCAAGUGGUAGUCAGUUAAUAGCUGAUUGGAAUGCUUGUAUUCCUUCAUAUGUUGUUGUGGUAGCUGACAUGGAGACUUUUCAAACAAAUGAUUCAUUCCACACUUGGACGAAAAUCAGAGUGCCUCCAGGUAUUUUGAAUGAUGAUGAAAGACACAGUGUAACAGAUGUAUGCCUAUCAGAGAACAGAGUGUUUUUUGUAAUAAAGGGUAUUCUUUACCUAAGAAGUUUUCAUAACUUCACAAGACUGGGAAGAAAUGAAAAUCUUCCUGAUGAUGGAAUUGUUGGCAUUACAUCAAGAAGAUGGUGUUGGACCAACUAUUUAUUCAAGUCUGGAGGAAAAAGAAGCAGUGUGGCAAUUUGGACAGAAAAUGAAGUUUACCUUGGAAGUAAUUAUCAACCCAAUAACACAAGACAACAUGAACCACACAAUUUAUUUAGAUUUAACAAAAUAAUAACUUCUAUGGAACUGAAAAAUCUUCUAUAUUUAUCAUCUGGUACCCUGACUAUACAUGUUAUUGAGUACACAGCACAUCCUUUGGAACUUGCCUUAUUUUUAAGUUACUGCAUUGUAUGUACUUCCAACAAACAUAUUUACCUGGCAAUAUAUAAUGAAGAUACAAAACAGUGGCUGUUUAAAGACUUUACCCUCCUAGUCCCUAUUAACAGUGUUUUAGUUCCACGUUUUCUAUAUUCAGCAACAUCAGAAUUAGUAUUAUGGGACAAACACAGGGUCUAUUACAGUUAUCAUAAUUUCACAGUUUCUGGCAUUUUGCAAACACCUACAGAAAAUGGAAAUCUAUCAAGACUAUCGCAGAACAGCAGUAUUCACAGUGUAUUUUUAGAUUAUUUUGGGAAUAUUGUCAUAAAAAUGGAAAAUAAUAUAAUGUUUCAUUCCAAGGUUAAUAUUAAAGAUGCAGUACGGCUAUAUUCAUGGACAAAUAAGGCAAUAAAAUCAUUCUUUGGUUUGAAUGUUUAUGGUCAGUUAUAUUUGAUAUAUGUUUUUGGAAAUGGUACAUUACAAACUCAGCAAUACCCCUUAAUAUUGGAAAUACAAAGCAUAUCUUUUCAAAAAAAUGAAAACUGCCCCUACACCUCAUUUCAUACUAAUCCUUUUCAUGUUUUUCACUCUUUGGACAAGAGAGAAACGUUAACAAUUUGGGCUCAAAUUAUCUAUCCAGGAACUACUAGUCUACAUAUUAUUUUGGAAUCCUAUGGUCCAAAAAUAAUACAAGAGAACAAAUUGUUAAACUAUGAAAUCGUCUUAGGAUACUGCACUAAAACCAUGAUCGUAACUUUUUAUCAGACUCAAAAUUACGAGGCAGCAGAUAAUUAUUUCCAGUUACAAGACCAGAACUCAGGUGUUGUGGUUUAUAAUGUUCGGCCUAGUAAAUAUUCAAAAGCAUGUACAGCAUCCCACAAGGUGUUCCAAGUAGCUGUUGGCUGUAGUCCCAAGAAAUAUAUUGCUGUUAGAGGAUUUUCUAAAACAGGAUGUCUUUGGCACAAUUUUUCUUAUGUGAUUGAAAAGUCAUAUCUGAGGCAUCAACCAUCUCAAAACUUGAAAGUAAAGUAUGAUUGGGAAUCAUAUGGCUGCCCAGUGAGACUUGCUUUCAAAAGACAUUUUCAGCCUGUACUUCAACUAUUUGGUGAAAAUGGAUAUAUUGAAGAUGUUGCAGUAAAUUUCAUAGUGUGGGAGAUACAUGGAAGGAAUGACUACAGCUUUAAUACUACUAUGCAUAAGAGUGGCUGUUUACAUGAAGCACAGACCUGGAAGUCAAUGACAGAACUGAACAAGCACCUCCCAUUAGAACAGGCCUGGGGACCUGAGAACUAUAAACACUGUUUUUCUUAUGCUAUUGGAAAACCAGGAGACUUGAAUCAACCAUAUGAGAUUAUCAACCAAACUAAUUCUAACCAUAUAAUUUGGCCCAUGGACCAUUCUGGAAUGUAUGUAUUUGGUGUGAAGAUCCUGGAUCCAAACUAUAGGUGA